CCUUCACGAGACGCGCAUUCGGACGGUUGACAACGCGUGUCUUCUUCGAGCGCCGCCGUGACCACACAGUAGGUAUUAGCACUUAGCUGAGCUGCGUGAGUGGUUAGAAAUCAAACUUCGGUAAUCGAUUUAACGUUGCGCAUGCAGUAUGGUUUCGUCGAACGGUCCGAUACAGUAAAACAAACAUUCGAAUAGAUAUACCGCCGUAAAGGAGAAGUUAAAAGAAAUUUUUUUUUUGUUUUUGGCUGUGAGAUUAUUUAACACGAUGUUUGCUAGUGCUGUGACUGUAAUAACGGUUAGGUUGUAAACAAUGCAAAACGUUUGAAUUUAUGAUGAGCUCGCAAAGUGCAAUGUGGUACGAAGAUCAAAUAAACUGAAGAAACGGCGUUUGAAUAGUGGUCAAGAGUGAGAUAUUCAAGUCUGUCGGCGCGCUUAUCACUCGAAAGCACCCUGGGGCAGAACAAUGUUUCGUUGAACGAAAUAUUCAGCAACUAUCACGAUCAUAAAACAUAUAGAUUCGUCUUGACGAGCUUCUUUCUUUAUGAUUAUUGUUCUGCAUCACCUAAACAUUCAGGCCAAAAUGGUCAUUCAAAAGCCGAUUCAGGACAAAUCGUUCAUCGAGAGCAAUGUGGAAUCUAAACGAUUCUCCCCGUUGACGAGACAGGUUAUUGCAGCAACGGGGCCGAUCAUUGCGAGUGCGGCAGCCGGGAUGACCAACGGAUUUUCGGCGAUUUUGCUGCCACAGUUACAGAAGCCGGAGAGUACCAUCCAGAUAACGAGUGACCAAUCGUCAUGGAUUGCUUCCAUGGCACCACUUCCGAUGGCGGCGGGAUGCAUAUUGGGAGGGUUUCUGAUGGAGAAAUUCGGGCGCAAAGUCACGCAUCUUGUUCUCAGUAUUACAUUUGCCGUAGGAUUCUGCGUGUUAUCAGUGGCACUGACUUACAAUAUGAUAUUACUGGGAAGAUUUAUUACCGGGCUCAGUUGUGGACUCGUUGGGCCACCAGCCUCUGUGUACAUUGCUGAGACGAGCCAUCCAAGAUAUCGCGGGAUACUGCUGGCGGGUGUAACGUUUGCGGUAUCGUUUGGUAUAUUUCUAUCGCACUUGUUUGGAACAUUUUUCCACUGGAAGAUGGCAGCGUUGUAUUGUUCUUUAUUCAUGGUUGCUAGUUAUGUGUUGGUAGUCUUUUGCCCCGAAAGUCCAUCCUGGUUGCUCUCCAAGGGACAUGGCCGCGAAGCUGAAGAGGCCUUCCGAUGGCUGAGAGGACAUGAUGCGGAAGCAUUGAAGGAAUUUGAUGAUAUGGUGAUGAAAUAUAGCGGAUCGUGUACUGCAGGAGGUUCUAAGGAUCAAAAUGCUAGUUUGAAGGAGAAUUUGAUGAAAAGAGAAUUUAUUCUACCCCUCAUAAUACUGCUGGUCUUCUUUUUUACAAUGCAGUUUUCUGGCGUCAACAUUGUUGCAUUUUAUUCGAUUGCUCUCAUGAAGACCACCAUCGGUAGUAAUAUAAAUGAGUAUUUGGCUAUGCUUAUCGUCGACUUAGUUAGGGUGAUAACUUCUUUGCUCGCAUGUGCACUUUUGAAAAUUUUUGGUCGGAGACCGUUGGCCAUGCUCAGUGGCGCCGGAACUACUGUAAGUUUGAUUGGUUUGUCCAUUUUCUUGUACUUCCAAACCAGUAUUCCUGUAUACCAGAAUCUCUCAUGGAUGUCGUUAAUAUUCCUAAUCAGUUACAUAAUAUUCAUCGGUAUUGGACUAUUCCCGCUACCAUGGUGUAUGAGUGGUGAGGUUUUCCCCAUUGCCACAAGAGGCAUUGGAACGGGGUUGACAUCGUCGUUCAAUUUUGUAUGCUUCUUUGUUGUGAUAAAAACUGGCCCUUCGUUGUUCUCUGCGGUUGGUACAAACGGGACGUUCAUGAUCUACGGAAUAAUUUCGCUAAUUGGUACAUUGGUACUGUACAUGAUUCUUCCGGAAACGAAAAAUCGAACAUUGUCGGAGAUUGAAGAUGCGUUCAAAUCUGGUUGGCGGCCUACCGAGAAAACUUCAAUUGUUCAAAAUAAGGCGUGAUACGAAGGUAGGCAGCAAUAUUUUAGAUUUUAGUCAGUUCUGAUGGAACGAGUCGCCGAAAUUAUUAGGUAAGUUCCAUGUAGAUUUGUUAGGUUGACUAACAUGUGCCACAUAGUUUUAUUUUACAUUGUUACGUUGUUCGACUGUAUAUACACAUUUUGUUGGCAUGUAUUAGAUGCAUUUUCUAGUUGUAUAAAAACACAAAAUUCUUAUCAAUAAAAUUUACUUUUAUGUCUUCCAAUCAAA